UGUAGAUUUCAACUCCCGGUUCCCUCUUGUGUUUCUUCUCCUUAGUACAAAGCCACAGAUUUCGUGGUGCCUGGUCCUGGCAAAUUGGAGAUGACGUACACGCCAGAAAACGGAGAGCCCGUUAAAUAUGUGGUCCAUGAAUUUAAGGGCACUGGAGGUGUUGCCCUGGGCAUGUACAACACAGACAGCUCAAUCAGAGACUUUGCCCACAGCUCCUUCCAAAUGGCUCUGUCCAAAGUCUGGCCUCUCUACCUCAGCACCAAGAACACCAUCCUGAAGAAGUAUGACGGACGCUUUAAGGACAUCUUCCAGGAGAUCUACGAAAAAGAAUACAAAGCUCAAUUUGAAGCCAAAAAAAUCUGGUACGAGCACCGCCUCAUCGAUGAUAUGGUGGCCCAGGCCAUGAAGUCUGAGGGAGGCUUCAUCUGGGCCUGCAAGAACUACGAUGGAGACGUGCAGUCGGACUCCGUGGCACAAGGCUAUGGCUCUCUGGGUAUGAUGACCAGUGUUCUGAUCUGUCCCGAUGGACGCACAGUAGAGUCUGAGGCUGCUCAUGGCACAGUGACCCGUCACUACAGACAGCACCAGCAGGGCAAAGAGACCUCUACUAAUCCCAUAGCCUCCAUCUUCGCCUGGACACGCGGUCUCCUCCACCGAGCGAAGCUCGACAAAAACACGGAGCUGAGAGUCUUCUCUGAAGCCCUGGAGGCCGUCUGCAUCGAGACCAUUGAGGCUGGAUUCAUGACCAAAGAUUUGGCCAUCUGCAUCAAAGGGCUGCCAAACGUGACUCGUGACGACUACUUGAACACCUUCCAGUUCCUGGACAAACUGGCCGAGAAUCUGAAACUGAAGCUCAGCAACCAGCCAAAAUUGUGAUCCAACGUCUCUGGAAAUACACUCGAAAUAUACACAUACAUAUACACGCACACAUACACACAAUUCACACGAAACACGGUCCACACACGGGUGCGAUGAGGUGUUGGCGCAUUGAGCACCUUAAUAGUUUUUUUUAAAAGAGGACAACGUAGGAAUCUUCUGGAAAAACCUGACUGUAAGCCAUUAGUGGGAAUCUGAUGGGAGCUUUUUCUGGAAGCGUUAAAGUGAUCUCAUCGAGGUAGCUCGCACUAACAAUCUGUGGAGUUACUCGUCACAGAGCAAUCUGCUUGUCAAGUUUGCAUUAUUAAUAUAAAAAAAAGACAGUCCAAGUGUGGAUGGCUGGGGACCAGGAAGUGGGUCUUGCCUACUCUUUAAGAGCCAGCCUUCUGUUUAUAACUAAAGCUUCUAAUGAUCACUGCAGCAUUUUUUUUUUCUUUCUUUUUAUUGAUCGCCAAUUGUUUUAAAUGUGUUCACUUCACUCACACGUUCAGAGAAUCUGAAUAUACUACAGGAACUACUGUAGUCUAGAUGCAUACGGUUUGUCGACUAGCGAUGAGUAUUUGCUAAAGGCAUGUAUCACCGCAAUUUUUGACCAUCUCGGAUUUCACGUCAUCCUGUGAAUGUACUGUAAUUGAUCCAAUUAAUUAUGAUGUUUUUGGAGUUUGUGUGUGUGUGCACAGAAAACGGCAUCGACUCUAGAGCGCAUUUUUAGUGUUUUCUACUUCAACCCGAUUUACACAUUUGCCGGGAGAAUUAUAUUUAUACGUGCGUGCUUGUGUGUGUUUAAUAAAAGUAUAUUUCUGAUCAGGACUUUUCUUGAUCAAAAUCCUCAAA